GUGUUAAUUUAGAUUGCUAUUUCACCAAGUUCAUGUGAUUUGUGUAUUGUGUGUAGUUCUUUUGGCAAAACAAAACGAUUUUUCUGCGGUGGCCUCUCUUGUCACUGACGGGAAAUUAAGAUAAUUACGUAAUUUUUCAUUUAAAAGAACUAAAAUAAGUUUUUUUUUCUGUCAAAAACCCCCGACAGCUGUAAUAAAACCAGUGCGAUAGAAUGUGUACUAUCUACGAACCAAUUUUUCGGAUAAACAAAUAAAUGAAGAUAGUCUUUUAUUUCUAUAUGUACAUAAUAUAUUGUACACGUGUGAUUACAUUCUGCCAAAAAGAGUAAUUUGACUUGAAAGGAAGAUUAUACUCGUACUCACGAUUCGACGUUAUAACAAUACAUAUGUCUUAAGUACGUCAGCAAACAUAAAAAUUGAAGACUAACAAAUAAAAUACUUAACUCAAGGAAAGUUUUUCCCCCAAACAGACAAUAUAAGUCGCAAUCGAAGCAAAUUUGAUAACCAAAAUAUCAUCCCACGCUUCUUUUGCAUAUCAAGAUAAUGUCAUGUGAGGAUUUUGCGUACACACUACAUAAUACUAGAAUAAUUAAUGCUACUGCAAACAAAUGAGAUUAAAUCAACUUCUACAAACUUCAUUGAUAAUAAAAGCCAUAAUGAUGGGCGGUUGACCUACGUUGUUGUCGCUCGUAUGCUUGUAUUUCAAAUUCGUCUGAGCGAUUCAAAUCAACACUCAACAGCCCGUGUCCGAACGGAGAGGGCCUGGCCUAUCUGUUUCUGUACGUUGGCGUUGGCGACAUGGCUGCCAGAAUUUUGUUUAGUGUUUAUUCGUGUUUUGGCUGUCGAACAUUGCGGACGUUUAUUUAAGAGUGAUUUUCAAACUUCCGAUAAUCAGCAAUAGAUUUUGUCAAAAAAAAUGUCAGAACUCAAAAAUGAACGCCUUGUUGGCGUUAUUGAUGAAGGGACAAAUACAAUCGCCUUUUCAAUAUACACAACGCCCGAUUUUAAAGAAGUUGCAUCGAGCAAACUUGAGGUCGAAUGUAUUCAUCCGCAGGAUGGUUGGAUGGAGCAAAACCCUACAGAGAUCAUAAGAAACAUUCACAUCUGUGCAGCCGAAGCAAUUGCAAAACUAAAGCAUUUGGGAUACGACAAGAAUGAUUUGGUGACAAUUGGAGUGACAAAUCAACGAGAAACCACAGUUGUAUGGGACAAGCAUACGGGAGAGCCACUAUAUAAUGCCAUAAUUUGGAAUGAUAUCCGAACAACUGUAACAGUUGAUAAAAUUCUAGCUAGAAUACCCGAUGAAAAUAAGAAUUAUUUUAAAGCAAUAUGUGGUCUACCUAUCUCACCGUACUUCUCAGCAUUCAAAAUUAUGUGGCUAAAAGAAAAUGUGCCUGCUGUUAGGAAAGCUUGUCGAGAAAGACGUUGUUUGGCGGGAACUAUUGACAGUUGGAUUGUUUGGAAUUUAACAAAGGGCCUACACAUUACAGAUGUGACAAAUGCUUCACGUACAAUGCUUAUGAACAUCGAAACAAUGCACUGGGAUCCAAUUCUGCUAAAGACUUUUAAUAUACAUUCAGAUAUGCUACCUGCAAUUCGGAGCUGUUCGGAAAUCUUCGGAAAGGUAAUGGACCGUAGUGUUCUUGAUGGACUUCCAAUCAGUGGUAUCAUAGGAAACCAACAGGCUUCAUUGAUGGGCCAGAUGUGUUUUAAACCAGGGCAGGCGAAAAACACCUACCGCUCAGGAUGUUUCCUACUCUGCAACACUGGAGAAAAACAUGUUAUCUCUUCGCAUGGUCUGCUCACAACUGUGGCUUAUAAACUUGGAAAAAAUGGCCCUGUGACUUAUGCUUUGGAGGGAGCGGUGGCUAUCGGUGGAGAAGCACUCAACUGGUUGAAAAACAACAUGAAAAUAAUUUCAAAUGCCGAUGACCCUGAAAAAAUGGCAGAAAGUGUCCCUUCAACGGGCGAUGUCUACUUUGUACCAGCAUUUACUGGUCUCUACGCUCCUUACUGGAGAAAAGAUGCUCGUGGUAUUAUCUGUGGUCUUACUCAAUUUACAACGAAAAACCAUAUAAUAAGAGCUACACUCGAAUCGAUCUGUUUUCAAACCCGUGACAUCCUCAACUGCAUGCACCAAGAAUGUGGUUAUAAUUUAAAUAAACUUCACGCCGAUGGAGUUUUGACGAAAAACAAUCUUCUUAUGCAACUUCAAGCUGAUAUUGCUGGCAUUCCGGUGUUUCGCUCGCAGCUGAUAGACACUACUGCCUUUGGGGCGGCAAUGGUAGCAGCACUAGCUGAUGGUAUCAAUAAAUGUGAAUUUGAUCCCUGCAAGAGGUAUUACGACAAUGUUUUCUAUGACACAUUCUUGCCUACUACAACCGACGACGAACGAGAAUUGCGAUGCAGCAAAUGGAAAAAAGCUGUGCAACGGAGUAUGGGCUGGGUGGUUAAGAAAAAGAGCGCAAUCAUGACUGAUGAACGCUACAAGUUAAUAUCUUCCAUACCAGCCGGUAUCUAUCUUAUAAGUGUUUUUGCAAUGCUCGUGCAUUCCAACAGCCGAUUUUCUUCAUAAAAUUUAACUUUUUUAAUUAAUUUAAAGAACUUAUCAUACAAAUUUCUUUAGAAAAAGUGAAAAAGUUAAAGAUUGUGUUGAGAUUGUCUUGAGCAGAUACGCACUGUUUUUUUUUAGUAGUUUAUUGUACUUUAAACGUGUUAAAUUUGAUAUGAACUUGAAUUAACGCAUUUACAAUAAUUCUCUCUCCAUUCACCGUUAUUUGUUAAAAGAACUAUAGUUUAUAUAUAUGUAUGUAUGUAGAUCCAUUUAGUAUGUUAUCAUCGAACUUUUGAUCGAACAUUUUGUACUUUGAAACCAAUCGUUUUAAAUAUGUUGGUUGGAAAUACUGAUAAGAUAAAACUAAUUUUUGGGAAUUCAAGUAUGUAUCGAUAAAUGAAAAAAGACACACCCAUAACUUUGUCGAGAUAGCUAAUGUAGAUAGCAGUGACAAAAUUAAACAUUUAAUGGUUCUUUGAAAGAACAGUGUAGUUUUUGCCAAAAUUAUUCUAAAGCCUAGUAUAUACUUCCAAGCGAAUCAAAAUUUUCAACGGAUAAACUAUAAGUUAAAUUAUAAUACCUUUAUUUUUGUUACAUUUCUUUUUUAAAACUUUUUUGACGGGCAUUUCGCUUUGAUGUAUUAACUGGGCUUUUUAAACAAUUUUUUUGUGAAACACAAAGUGAUAAAAAAAAAUUACAACUCUAUAUAUAACUGUAUAUGAUUUUGUUUUAUAGUUAGAAAUUUGAAUGUUGUGUAGGAAGAUUAAAAAUGUAUUCUAAUAAUUGAAACAUCUCUUUAAAUUGUUGUCUUAUUAAUAACUUAAUUUUCUUUCUUAUUGUUUUUCUUUUAGUUUAAGAAAAUACAAAUAAUGUUUUGUUACUUUUGUUAAAUUAAGUACUUAAGUUUAUUUUUAUAAUUGUUUUUUAUUUGUUUUAAUAAAAAGAAGAAAUAAAACCAAAUA